AUGCAAACUCUAGUUAACAGUAUAAUAGCAGAUGAUGGCGAUACCAAUUUUGAUGAGACAGAGCUUUUGUGGUCUGAUGAUGAAGAAGAUGUGAAGGUCAGUAACAUGCUUCAACUCAUCAACAAAGAGCAUAAUUUCUGCAGUUCUAUGUUCUCCGGUGGGGCUACUAAAGCGGAUGUUAUUCGAAUGAAUAAAGAGACGAAAGAGAAGUACGCAAAAGCGAAACAAAAGAAAGGUGCAUGCUGUUAUGAGAUGGCUGGACAAGGUGUUGGUAAUGUCGAAGGGUUGACUUUUACUGAAUUUGAUUUACAGUAG